AUGCAAUUCAACGUCGUCGCCCUUUUCGCCGUCAUGGCCGCUGUCGCCUCUGCUGAGAAGUAAGUCAGAUCAGGACCAGUACAUACGACCUAUCUCUAACAAGUACCAGGACUGUCACUGUCUACGAAUGUGGACCAGCCCCAACCGCUGUCAAGCCAUCAGGUGUCGCCGGCCCAACUGCCGCUGCGGUCACUUCCGUCGUCGGCGUCGCAUCCACUGGUGUUGUCACCGCCCCAACCGCAACUGGCUCCCCAAUUGCCCCAUUCGAGGGUGCUGCCGCCAUGAACGGUGCUUCCGCCAUGGCCAUGAUCGUCGCUGGUGGUGUUGCUCUUGUACGUUCCCACGAAGCCAGCUCUUGGUAUCCAAAUCGUGUACUAACUUUAACCCCAGCUCUUGUAA